GUUCCUGGAACAAAACAAAACAAACAGAAUGGCAAGUGUCAACCCAAAGGAGACGUGUAUGCGCUAGCCACAUUUGCUUGAACUGUAUUUGACUAUGAAUAGCUGAAGAGGAAAAAGCAUUCUGACGUCAGAAAAGUACCUGAGACGCUGGACUGGCAGUUGUCAUGAGAAUACAUACGCAAAGAUGGCGGAAGCGGUGAGACCCAAGAAAACCAAGUCAAAACACAGGCAGAAGUCCCAGGAGAGAAAGCAGAAAGAGGUUGAUGGUGGUAGGAGAGCAGGGCAGCUAGCGCCUCUUCCUGUGGCCCCCCUGCGACUCAAACGGAUAAGAGCCCCCCAGCCCAGCGAUAACUUCACCGACAUCCCCCUGAGCCUCACGAUCAAUGACCCCCCCGCUGUGGAGCCGAAGGGCCUAUCCCACAGUGCACUGCAGUUAUCAAACCCGGCUGGAGCGGAGAGAGAGGAUAGCGGGGGGGCGAGCGAGGAGAUCACAGGGACUCUCCCUGGAAAAGGGGGCUCACUCCAGCCCACGGACAGUGUUGAGGCCAGGCCUGAAAACACUGAAGAUGAUGUCAUCAACGAGGAGCCACCUAAGCCAUUGCAGCCGGAGCUCUAUGAGGAGAAGGCCUUGGACUACAAGUUUGACCUGUCUGAGAAGGCCUUGGACUACAAGUUUGACCUGUCUGAGAAGGCCUUGGACUACAAAUUUGGCUCAUCUGAGAAGAUGGCCCCAGAAUCCAGCGUUACUCCUCGUCUGUACCCCUCCCUCCCGGCCCCCUCCUCGGAGCCCCAGCUCCUUGUGGUGGAGGAGGAUGAGUGCCCCUCUGGCUGUGAGCUGGUGGACCCCUCCCUGGUCCCCAGGAUGGGUGCGGCUCUAAAAGAUCCAGAGACGAGAGCCCCGGCGGUGCUGUGCCUGGCUGAGCAGGAGUCCUCUCCGCCCAGCCUGGUGCCCGUGGCCCUGGCCCCCCCAGAGCAGCCGCUGGGGAGGCUGUACCCGGAGCUGCCCCAGGCCCAGCCCAGCCCGGCCGUGCAGGCCUUCACGCGGGAGCAGCUGCGGCUGUGGGAGCCGGGGUCCUGGCUGGAGAACGUGGAGCUCCACGCCGGAGAGUUUGAGGGAGCGGCGUACCAGGACGGCCACGAGCUGCACGAGCUCCUGCUGAAUUACUGGCGCUGCCGCAAGCAGCUGACCCAGGCCCACACCGAGCUGCAGGCCGCCAACUCCGACUGCAGGAGCGCCCAGAACCGCCUCUGGAGCUUCCGCGACGAGCAGCUCACCCUGCAGGGCUUGUGUGCGGACCAGGCCAAGGUGUGUGGUUACCACCGCUUCCAGCAGGUGGCGCUAAAGGAGGGUGUGGUGGGGGAGUUGAAGCUCCUGUUCGAGACCAGAGCAGAGCUGCUUCACCAGACGCUGGCGCUACACGCCUACACUACCAUGCUGUCCCGCCUGCAGGUGGAGUCCUACCUGUACCGUCUACUGAGCGCCAACCCGGCAACCAGGAGCGCCGGUGUACAGGAGUCAAACAUGGACCCAUCCGAGCCAAAGCCCCAGCCCUCAUCCCUGCAGCCGCUGAAGGAGAGCAUCAGUGUGCUGUUCAGCUUCACACGCAGAGUCCUGGAUGACGCUCAGUUCCAGAGCGACGUGCACCUGUGGCUGCAGAGGCUGGUGUCUGUCCUGCACAGGGUGGGCUCAUCUGGAGACCACCUGUACCUCCUCAGCCACCUCCUGCACUGCCCUGCAGGCGUGGGGAAAUGGGCUGCUCCCUUCCUGCAGAUCAAAGUCCUGGAUAACCCCUCUGGUGUGUUCCACUUCAUGCAAGCUCUGGCCAUCCUGAUGUCUCCUGUCAGGAACCGGGCGGACUUCCUGUGCCACAUGAAGCCAUGUGAGCCCAAGAGUAGCUCCACUGGCCAGUCCGGUCCCGGCUCGGGGAACUGGACUCUGGUUGACGAAGGCGGGGAGGAGGAUGAGGACCCAGAGACCAGCUGGCUGCUUCUAUCAGAGGACGACCUCAUCAUUCUCUUCUCCCAGUUCCCGUUCGACGAGCUCUUCAAACAUCUUCUUGGGAUGACCUCCAAAGGUAUCUACCAGCCCCAGGCCACCACCAGCCAGAAGAUGAUGAAGAUUUUUGCUUUCGCCUCUUCACUGGUGGAGCUGUUAGCUGUGGGCCUGCAGACGUACAACAGAGCCCGCUACAGGCAGUUUGUGAAGCGAAUCGGUCACAUGAUAAGGAUGACCUUGUGCUAUGUGAGUGACCACUGGGCCCAGUACGUCAGCCUGACUGGGGUUUCCCGGGCCACAGUGAAGGAGCAGUCCUUCUCCAUGGAGAAGCUGCAGGUGGAGUUUGACCAACUGUUCCUCAGGGCGGUGCUACAUGUGCUGGGGGCCAAGAGGCUGGGGAUCUGGCUCUUCAUGUCGGAGAUGCCGUACGGUACCCUCUCCAGUGCCAUGCUGUGGAAGAUCUUCUACAUAAUGCAGUGCGCUGAAACCGAGGGCCUGGACCAGCUGUGCUCCAGCCUGAGUACUGACACCUGCAUCCAGAGACUGAGGGAGCCGGCGCAGCAGGAGAGUUUUGAGCGCUGGCUGUCUGAGAUAAACAGCUCCGACGGGAUCUGUCUGCUGACCGCCUUCGCCCACAUGGCCCAGCCCAAACGCACCGACGCUGACCCAGAGUUCGUCAGGACCAUCGUGCUGCAGAUAUACCAGGUGUCCUAUGUUAGUGUGGCAACGAGAGAGACCUUCUCUAAGGUGGGGAGGGAGCUGCUGGCUGCCAUAGCAACCGCCCACCCCCACAUCAUAUCCGUACUGCUGGAGAGACUGCGGGAGACCAUCGAUAAAGUGGGCAUGGUGUCUCUGUACCUGUUCAAAGAGCUGCCACUCUACCUGUGGAGUCCCGCCCCCGGUGAGGUGGGGGUGAUCCGUGAUUGGCUGCUGGAUUAUGGGCUCCCCGCAGUGGAAAACAAACUGGCCUGCAUCGUGCUGGAGGGGCUCAACUGGGGCUUCCACACAAAUGGCGGAUUAGCACUGGACCCCUCCCUGCACACUGAGGUAGCCCUGCUGGUGGUGGAGGCCUAUCAGAAGUACCUCACAGACAAACCCUACGGGGGCAUCAUAUCAGAGAGCAUCAAACAGGUGUCUUACCUGGCCAAUGUGGUCCGCCUUGGCUACACCCCCGAGGCGUCCUUUAACCAAUGGGCUUGGGACCUUGUUCUGCGGCUGAAGCUCCAUGGUAACGAGCUCCGCCCCCAGGACGCCUGGUCACCCCUCCCCUCCACAAGCGGGCUGGUGCCCGAGGUCACAGACACUCCCACAAUGCACCCUGUCCUCAAAGCCGUCAGAGCCAGCAUCCCCAUCGGCUGCUUCCUGGCCAUCGCCAUGACCACCAUCGGACACAGCCUGGAGAAGUUCUGCAGUGAAGGGGUGGUUCUGCUGAAGACCCUGGUCCAGUCGCGGUACCUCAAAGCAGCAGUUCAUGUGCUGGACAACCUCCUGCCCCUGGUGUACCCCUGCCAGUUCUACCUGCUCAACAACGAACAGUUCCUGGGCUGCCUGCAGCUGUUUCUGCAGCUGGACAGCGGGACCCCCCAGGGUGUGACACAGCAGGUCACCCACAAGGUGGCACAGCACCUCAUCGGGACCCCCCAGGGAGAGAACAUCAAGCUGCUCAACAGUGUCAUACAGACCCACGUGUUGGAGAGCUCCAGGGCUGGUCGGGUAGGGGCGGUGGCUGUGUUGGAGUUCUGGAUGCAGGUCCUGACCAAUCAGAACCUCUGGCACCGGGACCGGACCGUGCUGCACCUACUGGACCACCUCAGCCGAGCGGCCUUCCUACACCAACAAGAGGAUUGUCUGCAGAAACUACUGUACCAGCAGCACAAGAAUGCCCUUGGUUACCAUGGAGACCGUGGCCUGCUCUCGUCCCUGGUUGGCUGGAUUGUGGCAGGGAACAUCACGCCCUCCUUCAUAGAGGGUAACGCGCUGACUGGGGAGGUGUGGUUCUCCUGGCUGGUGUUGAACAUGGAGUCCAUCUUUGAAGAGGAUUCCCAGCUGCGCCGCUGUGUGGAGCACGAGUUACUCAACAACCCUGGUCUCCCACCCGACCAGGCCCUCAAGAAAGCCCAGGUGCGGCUGAAGCUGCACGUGGUGCCGUCGCUGCAGAGGAUGAUGGUCUAUCGCUGGGCCCAGCAGGCCCUGGCCACGCCCGCAGACCACCCCCUCCUCCCGCUGGUCUGGCAGAAGUUCCUGCAGCUCUACCUUCGACAGCCUGGCCCCGAGUUUGGGUUAGAGGUGAGAGGCUGCAUCGGGAAGCGCUACUUCCACAGCGCCACACACACCACCCUGCUGAAAGACCUCCGGCAGCGGCUGGUGGAGGUUUCUGACUUCCACCAUGCAGCCAGCAAGGCCCUGAAGGUCCCCCGCCAAGGGGGAGAGGGGGACAGCAUCCCAGGGACCCCCAUCACCCAGUACAUGACCUCUCCUGAGCUGCACAUCGAGCUGGUCCGGCUCUUUGGUGUAUUUGCGGUAUGGUUAGAAGAUGAAAACUUUCUGAAGCAGGAAGUGUAUUUGCCCUCGUUGCCAAAGCAGUAUGAUGCACACAAGCUGGCCAAAAUCAUGCAGAACCAGCAGGAAGUGUGGAUGGAGUACAUGGAUAUUGAGCGUGUGCAGCAUGAGCUGGGGGAGGUCCUUAACCUGUGGGCCAGAGUGAGGGCGGAGCCUCUAUUCCUACAGAGCAGCAGCAACUCCAUCUUCACCGACUUCAUCAACCCGCAGGCUGCGAGGGAGCGCAUCCUGACCAACCUGAGGAAGCUGGAUGUCCCACAGCCGCCCGUGGGGCUGGUGCCCAUGAGAGCCCCUGUGCCGGACAUCUCCCCCGAGUGCCUGUCUGACCUGCCCUCCUCCUCCAGGCUCAUACAGCUGGACCUGAGCAAGCUGCAGCACCAGGCCAAGCUUGCAGCACUGCGGGAGACCCAGCAGGUGGCCCUGGACAGCGAGCUGUUGGAGGCUCUGCCCCAGCUCUACUGUAACCGCCCUGAGCAGCUCUCCCUGGAUCUGGAGUGCAGGGGCAGUGGGGGCCGGCCCUGCCAGGGCCCCGCCCUCAUCACCAUCACGUUUGAGGGGAUGCAUAAGAUGGAGCCGGUGCAGACGCAGAUCCAGUCCCUGAAGAGCGACAUCAAACAGCUGCAGGCCGACGCCACCCAGCCCCCCCCUCAGAGCCUGGCCGAGGCAGCCGUGCAUGUGGAGAACUUCAUCACGGCCCUGGUGAACGCGUAUAAGUUGGAGCCGACCCCUGCCACGCAGAAGGUGGGCAUCGCGGCGUUUUACCAGGUGGUGUCGUUCGUGUGUGAGGACACCCAACGCCACCCCCCCACUCGCCAGUUCUUCUCCUCCUGCAUCGAGAUCCUGGGACAGGUGUUUAUCCAGGGGGCGCAGUCCGAGUGUGGCCUUGUGCUCAGGACCAUCCUGCAGAACCGUCGGCUCUGCACCCUGCUGUCGCCCUAUUUCACCCCCAACGCCUCCGCCGGCCAGCUGGUGGCGCUGUACGAGGAGGUGGUGAAGGCCCUGCACGCUGACAGCGGAGACGUCAUCUUCAUGCUGCUCACCAAGUUUGACCUGAGGCAAUGGCUGUCAUCGGCUCAGCCCCUGUUCUCGGAGCGGAGCCGUCUGAUGGAGCUAGUGCACCUCGCACUGAGCGCGUGCGGACUGGAGCCCGAACAGGAAGUGCUGCUGCCCUUUAACCACUUCUGCAAGCACUGGACCCAGCUGCUGCAGCACCAGUUCCCCGACCACUACAGCGACUUCCUGCGGCUACUCAUGCAGAGUUCCUCGGAGCAGCUGUUGAGCCCUGACUGCUGGAGGGCAUCGCUCGCUGUGCUGGGCUGCUCCCCUCCGACCAGAAAGAGAGGAGCAAAGCCUGCUGGGAACGCCAAGGGAACCGCCUCCAUCUCCCUCUCCCCUCAACAGGUUGAUGAGACAAUCGAGUGGCUGUCCAAGUUCUUCCUGAAGCUCCGCCUGUCCAAAGCGGACUUCCGCAGUUUUGGGCUGUACUUCAAAUGGGGCCCCUACAUUGAGGAGGUGAAGCUGUUCUGGGCUCAUCUCAUCAACUACAUCAUCGACCAGCAACUCGCUGCGUGUGCCAAAGAGCCAGUGGGCAGCAACAAGACCAUCACAGCUCUUCAGAGUUUGCACUCGAAAAUCGUCAGCCUUUUUAAGCCUUGGAUUCUGGUCCUGGAUACGGAUGAUGUGAGUAACCCUCGCUGUUUCCCCUGGCUGGAGACGGAGACUUCCGCUGCAGGCAGCAUGGUGGCGCUGUUCACCCACUUCACCCACACCCUACAGGAGAAAUUCAGAGACCGGCUGCUCCCCGGGCAGGGCGGGGCUCUGAGGCUCCACCUCCUGCACUACUGUGACACCUGCACCGCCCCCAAGAUGCCUGAGUUCCUCCUGUACACCUACCACACCGAGUACUGCCGUCUGCCCUGGGGGGAGCUGUACCCCGACAACGCCCUCAUGAACCACUUCUUCAAGGUGGAGAGAGGAAGUCCAAAGAGCUGCUUCCUGUUCCUGGGGGGUCUCCUGUGUGAGGUGAACUGGAUCAGUGUCCUGAGCAGUGCCCUGGGGCCCCAGCCCUGCCCCCAGGCGCAGGACAUGGUCCCCUACCUCUUCUACAUGAUGGUGUUUCUGGCCAAGGAGGACCACCUGCUCAGCAAGCCUGACUCCCCCCUGCUGAGCCUGUUGGGCCAGUCCACCUCCCUUCCCUGGCACUUUGUGGAUUCUCCCUCCUACCAGAACAUCAUGGGCUACGUCAGCACCCACUACCCUCCCUCCCUCAUCCUCUGCCGAGACUCCGCCUCCCAGCUCAUCCUCAAACUGCUCAAAAUGGCCGCCGGAUUCGGCCCCGCCCCCGAGGGCACGCCUCACAGGGACAUGACUCUGAAGUGCCAGGCCUUCAUCCACCUGGCGGUGCAGUUCCUCACCGCUCUGGACCAGAGCGGGAGCAUCAGCACCGCCUCCCUGGAGAGCGAGGUGGAGAAGCUUCUGGAGUGCGUCAUGGUCUUCAACCCCCCAGAGACAGACCUACAGCAGAGACACAUGGCAUCCUGCAGUCUGUUUGCGGAGCUCUUGACGGUGUUGAACAGUGCGGGCGUGCCUGUGGCAGAGGGCUUGGGGGCCCUGCUCCAGGGCUGGGUGGGGCUCAGGGCCCGGGGCCCCCUGGCGCUCCCCCUCCUCACCGCAGCCUGCCGCUGCCUGGCCUCCGUGCGUCACAUGACCCGCACCACCGAGGCCUGCAUACAGGCCUACUUCAGCGACGGGGGCUGUGUGGAUCAGUACUCUGGCUGGGGUCCUAUCCUGGUGUCUCUGCAGGUGCCUGAGCUGACGGUGGAGGAUUUUAUCCGGGAGAGUCUGGAGCUGGGCAGCUUCCUGACGCUCUUCGUGUACGUGCUGCAGAAGCUCAACCAGGAGCAGACGCUCGUCAACGAGAAGAAAACCCUGGUGCUCCUCAACACCUGGAUCAGCCAGGUGUUCCCCAGCGGCCCUGCGGACGAGGCCAAGCUCUUCCUGUGGUGGCACAAGGCCCUGCAGCUGGUGGGGGUGCAGGUAGAGCAGGGCGGGGACGCGUGCGGGCUGGAGCCCCUCCUCCUGGCCCUCCUCUCCCUGCAGACCCGUCUGGCCCAGCUGGGGGAGGAGAGGUUCAACUCCGGCAUCCUGGGGGCCAUCGGCCUGGGCAGGAAGUCCCCCCUCUCUGGCAGGUUCCGCGUUGUGUCCCGCUGCCUGUCGGCGUUCCUGCUUGUGCAGGUUCCGUCAGAGAACCAGCUGCGUAUCCAGCCAGGAACCAACCUGCAGCUGUCCGUGAAAGCACAACAAGCUCUGGCGACUCUGGACAGCAUGCCCAGCAGUAAGCAGUACUCUGAGUUCCAGGAGCCACUGGCUCAGGCCUGCCAGUUCAUCCGCUACCCGGGGCACUGUCUGCUGGACGGCACCCGCCUCCUGGCCCUGCUGCUGAACUCCCUGUACGCCGAGCUGCACUACCUAGACAUCAUCCGCUAGCUGGCCUAGCCGAGCACCAGGGGCCCCAGGCCUGGGGUUGGGGCUGGAGCUCGCUGGCAGGACAGCACCCCCUGGUGGAGAGCUGCUGAAUCACACGGACAUACAGAGUCGGGUCCUACACUCAGACCAGGAGACAGGAUGUAGGGAGGAAGUGUAGCGUUCUGCUGUGGGGUGUGGCCUGUCUGUGGGCGGGGUCUCGGCCCUCUGUGGGUGUGGUUAGGCUCUGGGCCCGCCUCCCCUCUCCUCUGAGUUCAGGGUUCGAGCCUGCUGGAGCACCUUUGAGUUCCCAAACAAUCAGUGGUUCACAGAUGUGGCCUAUCAGCCUUGCGCUUUCGCUUUCUUUGAGCAAGGCCCCUAUUGAAUCCUAACAGCAAUACGCUUUGUCCAUCACUGCUUGAGAGAACAGGGGUGUGAUUCUGAAUGUACUGGCCUGGACGCUUGCGUAUCCACAUCCACAAUUUUCCGUUAGUAGCCUUUUUACUUUGGGGGAUUUUGCCAAACUCUUUCAAAUGAAAUCCUGCAGGAUUGUGGGUGAUUCGGUGUGCUUUAUAGACUUUGCCUUUUGGCUUCCUCACCCUGUCUAUUCUAAGCAUUCAAGGAGGCCAAUUUUGUAUCAUUUUGGAGGAUACUGGGAUAAGAGUAUGCUAUAGCAGAACAAGACACCGUGUCCUGUGUAAGUAUGAUGUCCAACGUGAAGCUUGCACUAAAGUUAUCUGACUGGAAUGAUUUCUUAGUCAAUAGUGAUAGUAUAUGCUUCAUUUUUGCUUGUAAUAUAUAAAGGUGUAUAACAGAUAAAAAUAUAUUAGAACAAAGUUUUCAAGAUUAAGUUGUAAUUUAAAAUGCUUAAUGUCCAAUGUUGCAUUUAGCCAAAUAUUUAAAAUCACUAUGUACACAAUGUUCUUCUCUUUAUCAUAACUCUUAUUGGCCACGUGCUACGUUCAGAGAUUCACCCACAUGUGAAUGGAAUUUGGCAUUCGCUGCAUCACAAUGUUUUCAGUCUGAAUGAGGUUCUCUGAACAAAGUGUUGCCCACACCAACAGAACAUGUAGACAUACCGUAUACCUUAUGCUAACGUCCAGCAUGCUAACUGCGUUAUGUUCCCUAGCCUGCUGCAUCUCAAAGCGUGCACUAGAAGUGAUGGCAGCGCACUUACAGGAAGCAAGCACACCGACAGAUCAUGGACUAUUUGCAAGCCUUCACUGAGGAAGCUGAAAUGUCAUAUUUUUAUUGUAUUUGUUUUGCACAACUUUGACUGCAUGUGUCCAGUGGCUUGAAGGCAUUGCAUAAGUCUAGAAAAUGAUCAGAGGCGUGGGGGUAAAUAAAUCUUGUUAGUUUCUUAUUAUGUACACUUUGAUCAUGUGGCAGAUGGCUGCUAAGAUGGGCAGCAUUUACUCAGAGCUUUAGUUCUGAAUAUGAGGCCUAAAAUGUCCCCCUGAGACUUCUCCACUCAGGGUUGCCAAAUGUGGUGACAAGUAAAUAUUUAUUUCAACCGGCACAUUUUAACUUUAAUUCAUUUUAGAAACUUUAAAUUGUCAUAAAAUAGUAUUGGUUGAAUUGUCCACUUGGAGAAAAGCCUGCUUAAAUCACCCACUCCCUGAGCUGAUGUGACUGAAAUGGAGCUGACCCAAACUCUGCCAUUAACCAGCUCACCGCUAUGCCAGUUCAGUGUGUCACAAUAGAACACCAAGGAUUCUGACAGUACACAUAAGCACACACGUUUUCAAGUGUUCAUAACGCUUAAGGAGAGAAAACCAAGUUUGUAAAGGAUUCUUGACAUGGUCACCGUGUCAUAUUACCCCACAGAUGUUCACAGUGUUUUACAUGCCUUAACUAUGUGCUUGCAGUGUGUUGUGGUAUGUUUUGUGCCAUAUUUGUGUUUGACUGAGCGCACCGUUUGAUUGCAGUCAGUGUAUACAAUAAAAUGCCAGUUAAGCUGGUUGUACAUUUCCGUCUGUUUCUAAAUAAGACCUACCUUGGACCACUGUCGAUGUGAUCAAAUAAAGACAUUGGUUGUAUAA